AUGGUGAAUGCUCAACCGACCGUCGACACGAUGCGCGGGAAAUCAGUGGUCGUUUGGAACGUCAAUUAUUUCGACAUGCAAAAAGGGCUCAAGCUAGACAAGCUAAAGCAAGUUAUGGUGGAAGGAGAUGUUGAAAUCGCUUUCAUUGUUAACGCCUUCUCUCCGAAAACAAAAGACGUGGCUAAUAAUGUAGCCAAAAUUAAGGAAAAACUUAACAAGGACGGCGGAAAUUUUGACGUGCAUACCCCGGAGCUGACGGGCUUCCCAACGGACAAUGAGGAAGAUGAGGCAAAUCACGACGCUUGGAAUACUUCGCAUCCUCCCAACAUGCUCAUUAUUAACAAAAAAAGGCUGGGCGACGUAGCACUAGCGCCGGAAGCAUGUACCAUAGCUGUCAAUAAGGACAGCCAACCCACAAUGAGGAUCGGCGUCUGCUGGCUCAAAUAUAAGGAUACGCUUUUUGUAUGCUAUCAUCGCACCAUGCAUACUUUGCCUCUACGCGAAGGAUGCUACGAAAAAUGGCUCGAAAGCGAGUUAAAGGAGCUCGGCAUCGAUAAAAAUGUUGUUCUUCUCGGCGUCCCUGUUGCACGAGCGAUUGACUUCCAUCACUGGACUACCCGCAAUAAUCCGGCUCCGCAGCAAUCAGGGGAUAUCGAUCGUUACCUUAUCUUCUUGAAGAAGAACAAACUGACAAAGUCGGCGCUAAACAGUGAUGUCUAUAUGUUUUUGACCGUUUCGACCCAGGCUCUGCAACCCCAUAAAGCCGUCUAUUACCAACCAGCUGGACCGGAAACGCGUGGUUCUCUGAUUCGGGCAAAGAACAUUAUGCUCUUCCGCCUGGCGGAAACCUCGGAUCAGCUACCGCCCAUGGGCGGAUCGUGGAAGCUUUACAAUCCAGAGGAAUCUUCCGACGAGCUCUAUGAAAAGAUCAUUGGUCGCUUAGCACAUAUCAAACUCGAACUCCCUGAUAUCUUUUGCAAAACACAGGACAAGCUGACGGCCAUCAUAGCCAACAUCGAUAUCAAAAAAGAGGAGGAACCCGAUGUUCCGGAACUUCAUAGCGAUGAGGAUGAU